AUGUCGCACACAGCGGGCCGCAGUAGCUUCCCAGAGAUGAUCAUGAAGAAACGAGAUAGCGUUCAGCUGAGCCCAGAGGAGAUCCAUGACUUUGUAGAAGGAGUCACAUCUAAAACCAUGCAGCAAAGUCAAAUAGGUGCAAUGCUUAUGGCCAUAUGGCAGAAAGGUAUGGAUUUUGAUGAAACCUUAGAGUUGACAAAGAAGAUGAUGAACUCAGGUGAAGUUUUGCAUUGGAGCCAGGAUUGGCUUGUGGUAGAUAAACACUCGACAGGUGGAGUCGGGGACAAAAUCAGCCUCAUACUGGCUCCUGCUUUGGCUGCUUGUGGGUGCAAGGUUCCUAUGAUAAGUGGACGUGGACUGGGACACACUGGAGGCACACUGGACAAACUCGAGUCCAUCCCAGGGUUCAAAAUCAACCUGACAGUGGAAGAGGUGAAGCAGACACUGCAGGAUGUAGGCUGUUGCAUUGUGGGUCAGACAGAGACUCUAGUACCUGCAGAUCGUAUCCUCUACGCUAUCAGGGACAUCACCAGUACUGUGGACAGUGUCCCACUUAUCACAGCAUCAAUAAUGUCAAAGAAGGCAGCAGAAGGAUUAAGUGCACUUGUGUUAGAUGUGAAGUUUGGUAAAGCUGCACUCUGUAAAGACCUGGAGAGCGCUCUGCAACUUGCCCAGUCACUGGUUACAGUAGGAAACAAACUGGGUAUAAAAACAGGGGCGGUGUUGAGCCGGAUGGACACUCCUAUUGGCCGAUGUGUGGGACAUACUCUAGAGGUUUAUGAAGCUUUGGAAUGCCUCAAAGGUCAUGGCCCUGAUGACCUAAGGAACCUGGUCACAACACUGGGUGGCUGCCUGCUGCAGAUGAGUGGCCGAUCAGCUACACUGGAGGAUGGAGAGAAUGCAAUCAGUGAGGUCCUGAAGAGUAGGAAAGCCUUGCAGAAGUUCCAGGACAUGCUUGUGGCCCAAGGGGUGAAUGCGGAAACAAGCUGUUCCCUCUGCUCAGAAAAUGCUGAAUACUUUCAGUACCUACAGCGUGCACAGUACCAGACAGAGCUUAGAGCAGUGGAUGAUGGCACAGUUUUGGGCGUAGAUGGAAAGGCCAUAGCUGAUGUCUUGCACAAGUUAGGAGCAGGCCGCUCCAAAACUGAGGACCAGAUCAAAUACAGUGUAGGAGCAGAGCUCCUGGUAGACCCGGGACAACCGAUACAGAAAGGUCAACCCUGGAUCAGAAUCCAUCAUGAUUGUGAAAAAUUGAGCUCACAGCAGCAGCAGAACCUAGAGGGGGCUUUGGACAUCGGCAGUGCAGAUGUUUACCAGGACAGUCCCCGAGUAGCAGAGUUCAUCCUACCAAACUGAUGUUUCCCCUGACACAGCUGUCUGAACCUGGUGCAAGCACAGUGGACUUUUUUCUGGUUAAUUAAAAUGUUUUUAAAGCACUGUACUGAUCAUACAGUGGAAUAAGGAUCCACUUUAACUGUUCUACAUUUUUAGUCUUACAACCUGGAACAGAAAUGGACCUACCUGGAGUUAUAUUUUAUCUACAAAAAAAAUUUACAUUUGUUUUUAAAGACAAAAAAUGCAAAAGUUUUCACCCCCAGGUGAUCAAUUCAUUAACCCAUUGAAUUAGUUCUGGUGCAGUCAGUAUCCAGUAGAAAUCACAUAAUCAGUGUGUAAUGAAAGUGACAUCACAUGAGACUGUCCCGAGGAAGACCUCAGAGUAUGUUGGAGAAUGUAGCUAAACAAACUGAUUCAGGAAAACCAAAGAGCUAUUCACCAACAAGUCCAGGUCAAAGUUAUGGAAAAGUAUUAAUCAGGGUUUGUUUAUUUAUAAAAAAAAGAGUCUUACAUUUUUAGCAUCCUGCAAAUAAAACUAUUGACUGGAUUAUUAAAACAUGCAACGAAUAUGAUGCAACAAAAAAUUCUGCCUAGAGGAGGCUGUGAAGCAGACGAUUAGUGAGAGGACCAAUGACGAGCCCAAGGAGGCUUUCAAGCCCAUGAUACUACCACCACCAUGCUACAGUGUAGAGAUGGUGCUCAUUCCCACUAGUUCCAGGUUGUAACACUACAAAUAUUCAAGGGAUGAAUAUGAUGUUCACACAAGCAACUAUAUUAUUGCAUUAUUAUUAUUAUUAUUAUUAUUAUUAUUAUUAUUAUUAUUAUUAUUAUUAAGAGGUAGAAAGGUGUCAGGAGUUCUGUACGAUAGAAAAAUAUCUGCAAAAAAUCAAGAGGAAGGUGUACAAGACAGUGGUGAGACCGGCCAUGCUGUAUGGUUUAGAGGCAGUGUCACUGAGGAAGAGACAGGAGUCAGAGCUGGAGGUAGCAGAGCUGAAGAUGUUGAGGUUCUCUUUGGGAGUGACACAGUUGGACAGGAUUAGGAACGAGUACAUCAGAGGGACAGCUCAUGUUGGAUGUUUGGGGGACAGAGUUAGGGAGGACAGAUUAAGAUGGUUUGGACAUGAUCAGAGGAGGGAGACUGAGUAUAUUGGUAGGAGAAUGUUGGACAUGGAGCUGCCAGGCAGGAGGCAAAGAGGAAGGCCAAAGAGGAGGUAUAUGGAUGUAAUAAAUGAGGAUAUGAAGCUAGUGGGUGCAAGUGUUGAGGAUGCAGAGGGUAGGGAUAGGUGGAGAGGGAUGAUAAAUCGCUGUGGUGACCCCUGAAGGGAAAAGCCAAAAGAUGAAGAUUAUUAUUAUUAUUAUUAUUAUUAGCGGUAGUAGCAUAUAUUAUUGUAAUGGGAGGGUUCUAUGUAUGAAUAGAGAUUAAGAGAUUUAAGUAUGUCUGUAUUCUUCAAACUUUAUAUUCUGUGAAAUUUAUUUUACAUGAAUAGUCUCGGACAGUCUAAAGAAUAUAUAUAAUAGUAUAUAAAAACAGAUUUUACAAUGUUAUGCUAAUUAUGGUGCCACAUAGCCUUUGUAACUUAAAUUAAGCAAUAGUUUUUGGCACUUUAUCUAAGGAAAUAUGCAUUCAACUAUUUAAAACAAUGUCUUAACUCAGGUUAGGUCACUAAAGCAAGGAAUUUGUGUUUAUUUAAACGAAGAAUUAGCACACACUACAAAAUGU